CUGAACCCCGCUCCCGCACCCCAGCCCGGCCACGAGGCGGCCCCCGGGGCGGGCGGCGGCUCGGGAGGCGCCUCCCCCGGGCGCGGCGGCCGCAGGGCGGGCCCGGGGAGCCGGCGGGGCCCGGGGUCGGGGGGCCCCCGCGGCGGCACAAAGAGGCCCGCCGCGGCAGUUUUGAAAAUACCGAGGAAGUGGAUCUGGGCCGGGGCCCAGGGAGUGACGACGAGGGAGGGAGCGCGCGCCAGCGAGCAGGGGGGAGGCGGGAGGCGGGGAGCGCGGGGCGCGGGCCGGCCGCAGACCUCGCCGGCCUCCAGCGGGAAGCGCGCGGGCGGCGGCGGCGGCGGCGGCGGCGGCGGCGGGAUGGGCGGCCCGACGCCCCCCGGCUGCGACCCCGCGGACCCUCCCCUCGGCGCGCCGCCUCCGCAGCCUGGCGCUCGAGCGGGCGGCGCGUAGGGCGGCGAGCGGGUGCCGGCCGAGGACCCGCCGGCUUCACCGCGCGCGCCAGUCCGCAGCUCGAGCCGCCGCCCCGGGGCGCUCCCGAGGCCCCUGCCGGAGGGAUCAUGAAAGUGAGGUCGGCCACCGGCGACAGAGAUGCGUUGUAUGUUACAGAAGAGGAGCUGGCUGGUGACGACGAGGACAUGCCGACCUUCCCAUGCACACAAGAGGGCCGGCCGGGGCCCCGCUGCAGCCGCUGCCGGAAGAACCUGUCUUUGCACACGUCGGUGCGGAUUCUUUAUCUCUUCCUGGCCCUGCUCCUGGUGGCCGUGGCCGUGCUGGCCUCUCUGGUUUUCAGGAAAGUGGACUCUCUCUCUGAAGACAUCUCCCUGGCCCAGGCCAUCUAUGACAAGAAGCUGAUGUCCAUGCAGGAAAAUCUGCAAGGCCUGGAUCUGAAAGCCCCAAACAAUUGUUCCUUCUGCCAUGAGGCUGGGCAGCUGGAGCAAGAGAUCAGAAAGUUGCAGGAAGAGCUGGAAGGAAUUCAGAAGAUGCUUCUGGCCCAGGAGGUCCAGCUGGACCAGACCUCUCAGACCCAUGAACUGCUCUCCACCACCAGCAGUCAAAUCUCCCAGGAGAUGGGCAAUUGUUCCUUCUCCAUCCACCAGGUCAACCAGUCUCUGGGGUUCUUUCUCACCCAGGUGAGAGGCUGGCAGGCCACCACAGCUGGCCUGGACCUCUCUCUGAAGGACCUCACCCAGGAGUGCUAUGAUGUCAAGGCUUCUGUCCACCAGAUCAACUUCACUGUUGGGCAGACUUCAGAGUGGAUCCAUGGGAUCCGGCGGAAGACUGAUGAGGAGACCCUGACCCUCCAGAAGAUUGUCACUGACUGGCAAAACUACACCCGGCUCUUCGGCAGCCUGCGUACCACAUCGGCCAAGACCGGAGAAGUGGUCAAGAACAUCCAGGCCACCCUGGGGGUCUCCUCACAGCGCAUCAGCCAGAAUUCCGAGAGCAUGCACGACCUGGUGCUGCAGGUCAUGGGCUUGCAGCUACAGCUGGAUAACAUCUCGUCCUUCCUGGACGACCACGAGGAGAACAUGCACGAUCUGCAGUACCACACCCACUAUGCCCAGAACCGCACGGUGGAGAGGUUCGAGACGCUAGAAGGACGCAUGGCUUCUCACGAGAUCGAGAUCGGCACCAUCUUCACCAACAUCAACGCCACCGACAACCACGUGCACAGCAUGCUCAAGUACCUGGACGACGUGCGGCUCUCCUGCACGCUGGGCUUCCACACCCACGCCGAGGAGCUCUACUACCUGAACAAGUCCGUCUCCCUCAUGCUGGGCACCACGGACCUGCUCCGGGAGCGCUUCAGCUUGCUCAGCGCCCGGCUGGACUUCAACGUCCGCAACCUCUCCAUGAUCGUGGAGGAGAUGAAAGCCGUGGACACGCGGCAUGGAGAAAUCCUUCGCAAUGUCACCAUCCUGAGAGGUGCCCCCGGCCCCCCCGGACCAAGAGGACUCAAAGGAGACACGGGCACGAAAGGGCCUGGUGGCAGCAGAGGACCGAAAGGAGAUCCUGGCAGCUUGGGGCCCCCGGGACCCCAGGGUCCUCAGGGGCAGCCUGGAGACACAGGACCCAUGGGGGAAAGGGGACCGGUUGGCCUUCGGGGUUUCCCAGGCCUCAAAGGCUCAAAGGGCAGUUUUGGAACUGGAGGCCCAAGAGGACAGCCAGGCCCGAAAGGGGACAUGGGGCCCCCAGGGCCAGAGGGGCCCCCAGGGUCUCCAGGGCCCUCAGGGCCUCAGGGAAAGCCAGGGAUUGCUGGCAAGACAGGGUCACCAGGCCAGCGGGGGCCCAUGGGGCUUAAGGGUGAACCAGGGAUCCAGGGGCCCCCUGGCCUCCCAGGGCCCCCAGGCCCACCAGGAAGCCAGAGCCGCUACUAAGGGCCCCAGGCCCAGACACUGCUGCACCAAAUGCCGGGAAGGGCCUCAGGGCAUGGCAAGCCCCCACCCCAGAAAGCCAUCCUUACAGACAGUUGUGGUUCUUUGAUCCCAAAGGGGCUUCUCCCUGGCCUGCCCCUGCACCUCGGGGCUCCCCAGUACUGACUGUACCACAGAAAGCAGCCCCUCACACGCACACGCACAUACAUUUCCCUGCUGGCCAGGGGGGCCAACUGGGUGUCCCUGGCUGGGCAGGAGGAGAGGGCAGGAGAAGACCCCCCUCUCCUGUGACUGAGCCUGCCAGGGAGGUGGCUACCUUGGGAGGAAGGUCUUAACUCUAUUUCUGAAUUGUUGACCAACUUGGCUCUCCAGCUUCUUCAGAACCAGCCUAGCUAACAGUUCCCCGUGGCUCCCAGCGGUUGAAAAGACCCAGGAAAACCUUUGAAGGGGAUGUGGUUCAAACUCUAGGAACAAGGUGGAUUUGAUGACCAGAACGCUCUCCUCACGACCAUGGGAGCAGCGUCCCAGGAGCUGCCCCCUGCCUCACACAGGACGGAGGGACUCCACCUGAGUCACAUUCUCGGGCUCUGGGCACCGAGCUCUCAUGAGUUCAGCAAUUUUUUCUUGUCUCCAGAAAAUUCCUCACUUCAUCCUUGCCUCCUUCUCUCAGGAGCAUCUUGGGAGAAAUCCAAGCAGGAGCUUCAUCUGCAUGGGGAGACUAUCUAGGCCCUGGAACAUUCUCCCAGAGUGGCGCCCAGCAGCUGGGAAGCUGGAAGAAGGGAGGCAGAGGCAUGAGUGAAGAUGCCUCCCUUGCUCCAUCUGAGGCUGGCCCGCCUGCUCCAUUCCUGGGACGGGCCCCUCUGUGGAGGCUGGAGGAGGGCCAAGCCUGGCGACAGCAGCUCUCCCCUCUCGUCCCUGGCUCUCCUGCCCACAGCUGCCUGCUGACCUUACCCUGCCCUGACUCAGAAUGGCCCGAGGCCUCUCUGCUUGGGCGGGAAGGCUGGACGAGGAGGGAAGGGCCCAAACAUCCACAAGAGACUCGCUAGGACACCAUCCCUCGUCACCGCCAACUUCCUGUGCACAAGGGCAGAAAGGAGCCCUGGAAGCUCCCCCAGCAGGGUGAAGGCCGCCCACAGGCUAAACUUGUGGUAAAGCUGCCUUACCUUGGUGUGCGGCAGAUCCCGACCACUCCUGGGCUGGGGGCCUGGAGCUGUCCCCUCCCCACCCUGACUCAGAGAAUAGCCUCUGUCCUCAUUCCAAAAGCCUUACUGCCACCUCCCUUCCUGUAAUAUGUGCAACUGGUUUGCACUCCCACCUGCCCCCCCCCCCAAUGCCAUGUAAUUCUGUCUAUAUAUGAUAUCAUGCGAUACAGUAUUACUGAGUCAGUAAAGAGCUGUUUCCAGGA